AUAUAAGGUGAAUCUUACUGCAAAAGUUACUAGUUCGCUCAGAGUGAAGGUAUAGCUUGGAUUUGUUCCGACAUUUAAUAAACAGAAUGGCUAAACUGUCGAUAUUUUUCCUCCUCUGCUCCCUCAGCAUGGUAUUAGGCAACUACUAUUACUAUCCAAGUGCCUCGGCAGGUGCCCUGAGUUACUUUCCAACAUAUGCUGGCUAUGGAUAUGCUUCUCCUUAUGCCGUGGUAGCUGCUCAACAACCAGAUUGUGACAAGAAAGAAAAAGGUGGUGAGGGCAGCUCCAGCAGUUCUGAAGAAAGCAGCUCUAGUGAAAGUAGCGAAGAAGGUGAAAAGAAGGAAGAGAAAGAAGGAGGCGAAGAAAGCAAAGAAGGAGGAGAAGAGAAAGAAGGAGGCGAAGAAAAGAAAGAAGGUGAAGAAAAAGAGGAGGGAAGCAGUAGUAGCAGCAGCAGUGAAGAAAGCAAAGAAGGCGAAGGAGAAAAGAAAGAAGAGAAAAAGAAGGGAAAAGAAGAGAAAUCUCUCUUCCCACCUCGAGCCUAUUCAUUCCCCCCUGUCCAACAAGUGGUUUACGCUCAGCCAACUUACUCAUAUGUACCAUCAUACAAGACCUAUUCUGUCAUUCAGUCAGCUCCAGUUAGCUACCCACUCAAGAGUGCCUAUGUGGCUGCACCUUACGCUGCAGCUCCUGCAGUUUCCAAAGGCUUUACAUCUCCAGUGACCAAAAUCAUCUCCACUGCACCAGCUGCCAGAAUCGUGUCUGUUCCAGCAGCAGUUCCAGCUGCUAAGUCCUAUUCUACUUACUCUACAUAUUUAAGUCCAGCUUCUGGAGUUCUUGGCCUACCCUCUUACUUUGGUAAUAACGUAGCAUACUACAAGGCCUGAAAAAUCUGAGAAGAAUUUUAUAUGUUUGUUGCCGUUGCUGAUAUGUUUCUUCGUUUCCUACUUAAGUCCAUUUCUUUGCAUAUUUUAAAAUGGAAAUGAAUUAAAUUUUAAACAAUCUUCAACAAAAAACAAACUAUUUUAACGACGGAACAAAUCCAAAUUCCAUAAACAUUUUUCUAAACCGUUUGUUAAAGAGUUUAGUCCUUCUUAUUUGUUUUGCUCUCUUUGGGAACAUUGCCUAUAAUCAAAAUCUUUUGUUGAAGAAAUUUGAAUUCACUGCGAGAACACUGCCUAUAAUCAAAGUCCUUUAUUGAAUAUUAUUGUCAGUAUUUAUUGCUACUUUCAUUCCUUUGGGAAACACUGCCGACAGCUAAAAUUCUUUAUCAAAGAAAUUUGUAAUUGUUACCAAUUUUGUGCUUUUGGGAAACACUGCCGAUACUCAAAGUGCUUUAUUGAAUAUAUUUUAUUGCUAGUUUUGUUCUUUUUUAAAAAUAUUACGUAUAAUUUAACAGUCAAUAAAACAAAAACAAACGUUUAAAAUUUAAACGUUAAUAAUGAUACCUCUUGCUUUGUAGUAAAUUGGUGUUGAAAAUUUAUUCACUUUUAGUCAUUCUCUUUAAAACCAGGUCUUUUAAAAGAUUUUUCUAAGAAACAAAUUUCAAUUUGUUUUAUUUCAAGAAGGUUGGCUUUAUUUUAAAGUUAGCUGAAAAUGAAGGGAAAAUCGUUGUGUUAAGUCCUUUAUAUGAGUAACCUACGAUGAAUUUCAAAAGAUGACCGAAUUUUAGUAUCCACCUGCUAUUUUAUAUUGAUUUUUUGAUUAAUUUUUUUUUUACUUCAUAAGAAUAUGAAUGGUUGAAAAGAAUUAAUGGGACAUAUGUUUAUAUAUUUAUUUAUUCGCUUUAUUUAUCAAAUUAUAAUUUUUGUCUUGUUCAAAUUUCUAUAUCUGAAACUGAUAUAAAUAUAUUAUUGUUUAUGUAUUUUGAAACCUCUGAUGACUAAUAUUUCUUUAAAGUUCCUUAAAAAUGAUUUUAACUUUGUCUGUUUUUUUGUAUGAUAUUUCCUUGUAUUAAAACAUAAAAAAAUUAUCUUAAAAAUAUCUAUUUAAAUUUUUCGAUAUUUUUUUUCUUUACCUGCGAG